GCUUCGCGGCGGGGCGGGGUUCGGGAUGCAGCCGGAACCGAAAGAGAGCUGGGCUCGGCGUGGCCCAGGUCGGUCUGUGCGCCGCGGCGCCACUCUGCGGACCUGGGUGUCGCUCCGCUCAGGUCCUGAAUAAGUUCCCGUGGCGCUGGUUCGAAAGUUACUUCCGGAGGGGAAUUUGAGCUCCGGGGAGGCGGAGGACCUCGCCUGGUGCAUACCAACGCUUUCGUGCGGAGCCUGGGCCAGAAACCUGGGCUCCUCAUGGCCUGGUCCCGGCCUUUCCUCCCACGAGUGGAACAGUAGGAGGAGCCUGAGCUCCAGAGUUUGGCUAGGGUUCGAAUCCGUAUGGCCGUGUUACCGUGGGCAAGUCACGGUUUCUUUCUGGCCCUCAGUUUCGUCCUCUGAAAUGGACAUGCGCUCUUGUUCUGCGGGUGAAACGAGGUGGCUCUGAAGAGUGGUGAGUUAGAAGAGACCCCACGCAGCAAGCAGCUUGGCCAUGGCAUCUGACCUGGACUUCUCACCUCCAGAGGUGCCGGAGCCCACUUUCCUGGAGGACCUGCUACGGUAUGGACUCUUCCUGGGAGCCGUCUUCCAGCUCAUCUGCGUGCUGGCCAUCAUUGUACCCAUUCCCAAGUCUUACGAGGCGGAGGCUGAACCAUCUGAGCCCAGAAGUGCUGAGGUGACGAGGAAGCCCAAGACUACUGUUCCUUCUGUGAACAAGAGGCCCAAGAAAGAGACCAAGAAGAAGCGGUAGAAGAGGAGGCCCGAGGAGCCGGGCAGGCAGGGAGAGGGCCUUGGGGACAGCCCUCCUGGGAAUCUACAUCCUGUUCCCCUCUCCGUCCCAGGCUCAGGGUCCGAGGAGGCCACAACGCCCUCUGACCGCAGAGAUCUAAACAGUCAUGACAGUCCCCAGGCUCCAGCUGGGCAGUCUACCACUUCCUCUUCCUUCUGCCUCUGUGACGGUUUGGAGUCAAGGGGACUGAAACACACCGUGAGCAAAGACUGUAUUAGGAGGUUUGUUCAGAAGUCAGGUCAGCUCACAGAGUCACACUUUCUUACUUAGUCAUGUGUGCAGCCUUGAGUCAUCCCCUCCUUGUGGUUGACACUACAUUUUGGAGUCAUUAAUGCUGACGAGCACACCCUCUCCCAUUAUUUGUGCACUACGGAUCUCCUGCUAACCAGUCACCUUUGCUGCUGCUGUGUAGACAGAGCCAGGCCUCACCUGUUUGUUUAGACCAAGACACCAUGGCCAUGCAACAUUCGUGAUCCCCCUAGCUGUGACAGCCAGGCCCAGAAAAUGGCCGAUGUGAGAGCCAGCAGAUGGCCCAGGCCGGGGUAGGCAGUGCCUGCAUCUGCUCCGUCAGGUGCAGGGAUUUGGCUGAAGGCAUGCAUAUUUCCUGGGCACAGACUUCCCAAGCCUCUGAAAUGGGAGGCUCGUCAAUUUCAGACCAACUUCCUUUCUACCCAUCAUAGCACGUUCAAGGUGUGCCUUUUCCUUCCACCUGUACAUCCCCCGUCCCUUCAAUUCUUCCAUUCCCUGAUCUGCGAGAGUUCCUGGGGGAAGCGUGGUGAAUAAACUGACAUGCAUGCUGAA